AUGCCUGCCACCACUCCCAGAGAGAGAGGAGCAAGGCGUGUCCGCACGAAGGCAGCUCAGCGGAGGCCAUCCGGGGGUAGCGACUCACUGGCUGCCUCGCAUGCGGAGCCGGCGCCGGCGUUCAACGCGGGCAUCAACCCGCUGUACGGGUCGGGGAUGUCGCCGGAGGCGGGGGCAGAGGCAGCGAGAAUAAGGUCAGCGACGGCAGCGAGAGAAGCAUCGGCGGCAUCAUCAUCAUCAUCGCAACCGCAACAACAACCGCGGGCGGCCGCCGCUGCGCGGGCUGCUCGCACCCGGGCCGCCUCCCCUCAGUCGACCCUCACGGCGUCAACGACUCAGAGCACGGGAAGCGCGAGGCUUGCCAGCAGGCCGCAGGGGGUAGCUGCUCCUGCUGCAAAGGCAACGACGACAGCAGGAGCGAAAAAGCAGCCUCAGGAGACGAGGAGCGCGCCGGCCUCCCGCAACGGCAGCAUCAACAAGGGCAGCAGCGGCAACAACAACAACAACAACAACAACAAGGGGGACUUCGUGCCGGCCCCGCUGGUGCCCGCGCUGCUGGCGCCCGUGCCGCCGCCGCCGGCGAAGCGGAGAGCCGCGGCGGACGUCGAGGCGGGAGAAGCCGGAGAGGUGCUGGAGGAUGCCCCGGACAAGACCCUCAUGGAGAUGCUCCAGACGUACCUCAAGAAGCAGGACCUGUACACGCGGAUCGUGCUGGUGGUGGUGCUGCUCGUGCUGGCCGGCGGGGUGCUCGGGGCGUACGUGGUGAUGCUCUGGUCCGCCAUCUCUGAGGAGAGCGUUAAGUACACCGUGCUCGUGUCUGUCUUCAGCGUCGUGCUCUUCUGGGUUCUCUGGAAGUAUUGCUUCAGCGGCGAUCAGAAGCUUCAGGAUCAGUCUCAGAUCGCGCAGGACAUCGCCACCCUGUACGCCGCGAUACCCGAUCACACCGCCGUCAAAGGUGUUUCGGAGAAGGGCCGGGCGCAGUUUACGGACUUCAAGUACGAGAAGUCGGAGAUGAUGUUCACUGCUGUGACGGAUGACGGGGUGAGUCUGGGGUCCGAGCGGGGCUCAGAGCUGAUGAUGGACGGAGCUGACCCUUCCUGCCCGCUGUGCAACAAAGCGUACGUGGAAGGGGCCGAGCUAUGCCUCCUCCCGUGCCUGCACGUGUUCCACAAGACGUGCAUCAACAAGUGGUGCAACCGGCACAUCGUGUGCCCGCUCUGCAAGCGCCACCUCGAGGCCGCGGAGCCCCUCCACACCCUCACCGCUUCUUACAACCACCCCGGUGGCAACGCUGUGCAGUCGGAGCCUGGCCACCGCGGCUACGGCAAUGGCCAUCAGCGGCACCAGUGGCGCGGGGUGCUCGGGAACACGGCUCCCGGGCCAGCGAGUGCGCACGGCAGCGAGAGGGGGCUGGGGGGGACCAGGUCGGAGGACGGCAUGUGGAACGACCGUGUCCUUAACGCGGCGCAGCAGCAGCAGAUGGGCGGGAAGCACAACCGGGUGACCUCCUUCAGCUCGGAGACGAGGAGGUCGAACAACGCGCGCGGGCGACCCGGGGAACGGGUGGGGUCGGGGCGCGGCGGGGGUCCCCCCCACUCGAGCUCGGCGGGAGCGGGCAUGGGCCCGCAGCGCCCCCAGAGCGUAAGCGGCUCGGCGGGCUGGCAGCAGCAACAGCAGCAGAACCACCGCCUGCAGAGGAAGCGGUCGUCUUCCUUCACGACAGCCACUGAGCAGCAGCGGGGCCGGGGAGGGUCCGGUCGCGUCGCGCACGGCACCGCGAGACAUCGGUCGAGCGCGGGCAGCCUGGCCCGCGGCGACUUGAGCACCAGCCCUCGCUCGAGGUCCGACCUAGGGGUUGGGUCGAGGGACGCGGAGAACAUGCGGGCGAACUCGGACGCCAUGCUCAGCCGGCACGCGAGCCGGAGGAACAACGGGGCCGGCGGGACGAAGACGUUGACGAUGAAGCCCAUGUUCCACGAUGACACCGGCGGGACGGAGGCCUGGGACGCGGAUGGCGGCGGUGGCGGGGCCGAGGAGGUCAAGGGGGAGCCCGGUAGGAGGAUGGCCGCUAUUGCAUCAGCGCCCGGUAGGUCGGGUUUGCAUUCGAGCCGGCAGGGCCCGGCGGUCAUCACGGUCCACAAGGUGCAGCAGAAUACCCGGAGCAGUAGCGGCGGCGGCCGGAGGAGGCCUCGGAGGGAGUCUGGCGGAGGGCGGAGGGACUCAGCGCGGUGGUCGGGCGGAGAGAGCGAGUCGGACGUCGGCGGCGGCGGCGGCGGCGAGCGCGUGUUCAGCAGCAGGCGCAUUGCGCACGAGGACGAUAGCCCCGAGGACGACGAGGUCACCACGAAGGCCCUCACAUACGCCCCCCGCAAGUCCCGUGCGACCGCAAAGGACAAGAAGGACCCCGGCCACCGCCGCCAAUCGUCCACCGGCAGCACCUCGGCGGAGGAGUUCGGCGGGGGCGGCGGAGGCGGUUCCUCCAAGAAGUCCCGUCGCCGGCCUUCGAUACCGGGCUCGAAGUCGGGGUCCGGCAAUCAGAGCGCGAUCGCCACCGCCGCGGCGACCGCCGAGGCGGUGUCGAAGCUCCUCGGCCGGUCCACGCCGGAGGACCGUUCCGCGUCGGUGGCGGCGGCGAACGUGGGCGCGAGGCGGUCCUCGAUAACGUCGGACGGGUACAGCGACGGGGACAGCGGCUCGGACGGAGAAGCAGACGCUGCCGCGCCCGAGGCGGGAGUCGGCGUGGGGUCGUCGCCAAGCGCGGAGAUGAAGGGGAGCGGCGGCCGGGGGUGGAGCUUCAAGAUCCCGGCUUCCGUGGGCAGUGCCGAGUUUUUUGGAUUGGGGUCUUCGGUGCCCGGCACGAGGAAGAACUCGGCGGACGCGGCGGCGGCCGCCGCGACGGGGGCGGGGGCGGGGGCGGAGGGGGACUCGGACAGGGAGCGUGACGGAUCCUCAUCCCGGUCCUCGUCGUUGAGGGUAAGGGUGCUUUCCGGAAGGAAAUCGGGGUCCGGGAAGGUCGGGGCUCCGACGGGCCGCCUGUUCGGGUCGAGCACCGCGCGCGUCGGGAGGCCACCGGGCAACAGCACUUCCGGCGAGGCGGGUGCUUCGGGCGUGGAGGCGGCGGGCGAGCACACCGGCGGUGGCAUCGGUUCCUUGCGGUCGUCGAACUCCGUGCAGGCGCUGAUCCAGACGUACGAGAAGAAGGAACGCUCCAGCUCGGACGAGAAGGCUCCGACCGCCCAACGGGAGGAGUGGCCGUUACCGGCACCGACCACCUCAUCCACGGAGGGGAAGAGGAGACUCAGCAAGACUGUUGGCAGCAGACGAAGGGGCACGGGAUCAACCGCUAGAGACGAGCAAGCAGCAACGGAAUCGGAGAUCGAUGAGGAGUACGUGGACCGACCCAAGCUCAGCUACAAGAAGAAGUCCUCGCGCAGCAGCGUUGCCCGGUCCGUUUUCGCCACAGCCGAUGGCCCGCCCACCCAGAACGCGAUACACGCGGUCCAGUUCAGGAGCGUUGGCGGCGGGAGGGGAGGCAAGGCGGGCGAGACUGACGGCGACUCGGACGGGGGGGGAGAGGACGACGAUGAGCCUUACGAGCGGCCAAAGCUGUCGUACGGGGGAGGGUUGCGUUCCGGGCCCUCUUCCCGCUGA